GAUAAAUACUUUUGGCCGUGUUGAUUUGCAUCAUGACUCAUCAGAAUUCAGAUGGGGAACUUCUUGGGAUUUGGAUUUGCUCGUCACAAGCGAAACACGCGUCUGAAGGUGCACGCUGCGGGCGAUUCACGCAACCAGGAAUUUCGGAUGCGAUUCUAUUCGUAUCCGCACACGCAGUUCAUCGCAACAACUUAUUAAUAGACCGCAACUCAUGAAAGUCUUUGCAUAUUCAAAUUUCAAAUUCGCUCAAAAGGUUCCUUCCUAGUUCGAACAGGCGAUACAAUACACGAGAACAAAUACUAAAUGACACGUCAGUACUAGUCCCCAACUCCCCAUUAAUCGUGGUCGUCGACUCGCUCGCCUCGUCAACUAAGCUCUUCGUCCUCCUGCCUGCUGUUCCCCUCUCCCGCUCCGGCGUCAUCCAUGUCGAUACAAGGCCAGGUCCUCGAAGUCAGAGUCACUGGGUGCAGGAAGCUGCGGGACACGGAGUUCUUCUCGCGCCAGGAUCCCUACGUCUGCAUCGAGUACGCCACCACCAAGGUCCGCACCCGCACCUGCACCGAUGGGGGGAGGAACCCUACUUUUGAUGAGAAGUUUCAUAUACCUCUCAUUGAGGGACUUCGUGAACUGAGCAUUUCUGUGUGGAACAGCAACACGCUCACCCAUGAUGACUUCAUUGGCAAUGGCAGGGUGCAGCUGCAUAAGGUGCUUACACGUGGCUAUGAUGAUUCCUCAUGGCCCCUCCAGACACGCCAUAUGAGGUCUGCUGGGGAAGUGACACUUAUUAUGCAUUUUGAUGUUUCAGCAAUGAGCAAGCCAGGUAAAAUUGCUGCCACGCCGACUACCUAUUCUGUUCCUCCAGUGCCAGUACCAGCAGUGCCAUAUGCUGUCCCCUCACCUUCAUAUGCACCGCCUCCGGCAGGAUAUCCUAUAAUACCCCCAUACCAAGGCUAUCCUACUAGCCAUGUCCCUGCACCAUAUCCUGCUCCAGCAUACACACAUCCACCUCCUCUGCAAGUUCGUGAUGCUGAGCAGAAGGCAUACCCUCCUACAACAUAUCCUCCACAGCCAUACCCACCGCAACCGAGGGAACAACCAUACCUGCCACAGCCGCAGGGACAACCAUACCCACCACAGCCACAGGGACAACCAUACCCACCACAGCCAUAUGGACAAGUUUAUCCACCACCCCCAGAAGGACAGUCCACAUAUCCACCUGCGCCCUAUCCUCCAACUUACCCACCAGCACCAUAUUGAUAUUGCACACAUAGGUGGACUGAAGUGUCCACAUUAAAAGCAGCAAGUGUCCAGCCUUCGUCAUCCAGUUAAUUGAAACAAAUAAAAUCGUUCUGAAGUAAUUCAUGCCAACAUCUUAGCAACCACUGGUACUGGUUACCAUCUGAUGUGUAUUAUAUAUCAUAGCUUGCAGAAUGUCACGAAGGGAUUUGUUCUUAUGUUGUUGUAUGUUUUGGGUUUGCUGAAAUAGUGACCCAACUUGGUUCUGUUUUGUGGUCAUGCUGGUCUGUAACUACUGCCGUCUAGAUAGAGGGAAGCAGUAAUUCUAGUUUUUAACUGCAGCUGCCUGAUAAUUAACUGUGAAAGUUGCUGUAACUUGUCGACUUUGAACUGUGGUAUUUGAGAUGUUCAAUAAACUAGUAAUAUAUCCGUGUAUCACAACAGGCUCAUAUAA